AUGAGGUUCCCUGAUGUUGAGUCGUGUCUCUUCCCAUGCAUCUCCUCUUCUACUAGCUCAUCAGCAACUGUGUUCUGGGAUAAGUUUGAAUGGGAGGUCACAAUUACGGCCGGCUCGGUGCUGCAGAGCCUCAUGCAGUCGUGGGCCAUUGUGCUAGCCAAGUAUACAGAUUCCGGUACACUUCGCUUCGGCGCCUUGUCUGGUUCGACGGACAAACAGGGUUGCGAUGGGAUUUCGGUCGAUGAAUAUGAAGCUUCUAUAAAUCCUGCCGGGUGCUUGUCAGACGCUGUCUCCCUCACUUGUCGGAAGCAAGGUCAAAUCCAUGAGUGGAGGUACAAAGAGCGGAUCAACACAUGCGUGGCAACUAACCUACACCCGGAGUGGUUUAAUGACUGGAAAAGUUCUACCGAUCAUGGCAUUCAACUCUUGCUGGUGGCAGCGCAGCAAGAAUGGCCGUGCAUCUCCUUGUAUGGUAAAGCGGACCUCGUCGACAAAUCUUCAGUUCGAUAUUUGAGCACCGCGUUGCAGCAUAUCCUUCAAUCUACAUUAGAGUAUCCAAACGAGAUACUGCAAAGCCUUACUUUGACUCCCGACAAUCAUUAUCGCCAAAUCUGUGACUGGAACAGACACAUCCUCAAAGAGCCACUUGCUCAAUGCAUCCAUGACAUUAUCCAGGACAAAUGCAUCGAAAAUCUAGAUGCAGAGGCAAUAAAUGCCUGGGACGGUGCGAUGAGUUACGCCUGCUUGGACCAGGAAUCAGCCAAGGUUAUGACUCUGUUGAAUCGACAAGGUGCUGGACCAGAAGCAAUUGUUCCUUUGCUUUUCGAGAAGAGCAAAUGGACUGUUGUGGCCAUGCUCGGAGCUCUUAGGGCCGGAGCCGCCUUUGUUUUGCUGGAACCGGCCCAUCCUCUGGAGCGGCUUCAAAACAUCUGCCAGGAUGUUAGUGCUCAGGUUGUCCUAACCUCUGAGCUUCACAAGAAGGUCGGGCUGCAGCUGGCCGACAACGUCAUCGCAGUACCCAAUGACAUGGAAAACGGAGCUCUCUGUCGUGGCAAAGACUAUCCGCCGCAGAUUCAGGUCAAGCCAGGUAACGCAGCAUACGUUGCCUUCACUUCCGGGUCCACAGGAAAACCGAAAGGGAUAGUUGUCGAACAUGGUUCGUUCUGUACCAAUGCGAUGGUCAGUUCUGAAGCGCAAAAUCUGAACGCGUCUUCCCGCGUGCUUCAAUUUGCCUCCUACGCCUUUGAUGUCAGCAUUCAUGAAACCCUAGUACCCCUCAUGCUUGGAGGAUGUGUAUGCAUUCCCUCAGCUGCCAACAGAGUCGAUUGUCUAGAAGAUACCAUUGUUCAGCUUCGGGUCAACUGGAUGGAGCUGACCCCAUCCGUCGCGCGACUCCUAAACCCCAAACAACUUCCCGCCGUCAAGACCCUAAUCGUGGGUGGCGAGUCCAUUUCACCCUCAGAGGUCAUCCGUUGGGCGCCAUAUCUCCGUCUAGCCGUUGCCUAUGGCCCUGCGGAAUGCACGGUGGUAUCGCUCGUGCAUCCCAACUUUACCAAAGAUGCUGAUCCCUUUUCCAUCGUUGGGCCUGUGGCGGUUCAGUUUGGGUCGUCGAACCUGAGGAUCACAACAAAUUGGUCCCUAUUGGUGCCGUGGGCGAAUUGGGCAGAGAACAGCCGAUUCUACAAGACUGGGGACCUGGUGCGCCAAAGGACUGACGGGAGUGUGUCCUUUCUAGGCCGCAAAGAUACUCAAGUCAAAUUGCGAGGGCAACGAAUUGAACUUGGGGAGAUCGAACACCAGGCUGCCGGAUUCUUUCCAGGUGCUGCAAUAGCUGUGGAGGUUGGCAAGCUUUAUCAUGGCCAUUCGAGUUUGGUUGUGUUUGUAGAGUGGGAUUCAUCAAAGCAAGAGAUAGGAUGCCAGGACGAAGACAGCUGUCGGGCGACUCAUAAUAAAGAUCGCCAUCAAUUCUGGCCGAGUGCGCUUCGAGCUAAAACAGGCCUUGCACAAAUACUCCCGCCUUACAUGGUCCCGGACUUGAUGGUGCCCUUGUGCGCCAUUCCUCUUUCCCCGACUGGUAAAGUGGACAGGAAGGCGUUGCGAUCCAUGAUUUCUCGCUGGUCUAGGGAAGAAGUCAAAAAGUACCAGCCUACAGCGCCUUUCAUAUCCUCCAAGGUAAGCCAUCACGAUCCUGCUGCGCCAGAGGCUACUCAGCAAAUGAUCGAUUGGGUUGCUCGUGUUCUAUCGCUCGAUGCGAGUGAUAUUAGUGAGCAUGAUGGCUUUUUUCAGCUUGGGGGUGAUUCAAUUUCCGCUAUGAUGCUCGCACAAGAAUCCGAGAGUAUACCAUCUCUGCAUUUCACCGUCGCGGAUAUCUUUCAAACCGUCAAUCUUUCUGAACUAGCACGGCGUGCCCAGACGAAAGCCCCAGAGGAAAAUUCCAGGGAUUUCGGCGUACCGAGACAUGUUCUACCGUUUUCGCUCUUGAGCCCAGAGAAGGUGGACGCCUAUAUCCAGAUUGCAGCGGAGCAAUGUAAUGUGGAUGAACCACAGAUUGAGGACAUAUACCCAUGCUCGCCGCUUCAGGCGCGCCUGAUGGCCAGAUCUGCCAAGCAGCCAGGCGCUUUCCAAGGGCGGUUCACUUUCCAAUUGUCCCCAGACCUCGACAGGGACCGACUAAGAUGGGCGUGGAAUCGCGCAGCGGGUUCUCUUCCGAUUUUGCGUACAAGAAUUAUUCAUGCAUGGCAACUAGGCGUCGAAAAUCCUCUUCAAGUUGUAGUCCGCGACAGGGACAUUGAGUGGAUUGAGGCAGAGACACAAAGCGAACGUAAGGCGGACAGAGCCAUGUCAUUUGGCUCCCCACUUGUUUAUCUGGUUGCUCUGCGUGCUAGGCUCAAUCCUACGUUAACUGUCGUCAUUCAUCACUCAUUGUUCGAUCUGGUCGUCUUCGAGCAGAUACUCAAGACGGUUGAAACUGCAUAUCAAGGAGAGGCUCUUUCCUCGCAAGCAUUCGCACCCUUUAUCAAGUAUCUCGGUGAUUUGAAUAUGUCCCAAGCGUUCGAUUUCUGGAAGAAGGAAUUUGUCGGUCUCAAUACAGUCCCGCUUCUUUCUAAGAAGAGUCCCGCGCGCUCGAAGCAUCCGUCUAUCAAUUGGACUCGCAGACGAUCUCGUCUUCCCAAUCCUAACCAGUUGGGAACCACAACGUCGUCGCUGAUUCGCCUAGCAUGGGCAAUGAUACUUUCUCAGUACACCGGUUCUUUGGACAUUGUGUUCGGCGUCACUGUCAUGGGCCGCAGCAUGCCUGGCACUGUUGACGUGAAGGGCCCUACCAUUGCUACUUAUCCUCUUCGAAUCACACUUCACGAUGCCCGUAGUGUCAGUGAGACAUUGAAAUGUAUUCAUAACCAGGCCGUGAGCCUUGCAUCCUUCGAGCAGACUGGGAUACAGCAAAUCAGACAAUCCAGCCGCGAGGCUGCCAUCGCUUGCGAGUUCCAGAGCAUGCUGAUUGUUCAACCACCGCUAGAAAAGACACCCAUGGCCAGGAAGAAUACGUUGCAGUUGAUGAUGCUGGAUGAGAUCAAAUCUUGGAAGCAUAAGUCGUAUGCCAGCUUCAGCACUCAAGCCCUGAGUGUCGUCUGUGAACCUGGAGCUGAUCAGUUGGAAACAACGGCAUAUUUCGACCGAAAUGUCUUAUCCUCACACCAGGUCACAGACAUGCUGAGAGGCAUGAAUCGUAUACUUCGCCUUCUUGUACGAUAUCCUGAGGCCCCACUACGGAGGAUCCUCAAGAAAACUCUACCAACAUGCGAUUAUACUCACAGCUGUCACGAAAGUGUCUCCUUGGCUCGUCUGGAAAAAGCAGCUGGUGAAUACCUCGGACCCGGCAUCCCUGUAAUUGCGGACUGGAUUACACCACGGGGAUCUUAUAUUCCUGAUCUCGCACUUUUCGUGGGAGUUGUGAGCUCAGAUUCAUUGUCAAACAACGGUUCAGUCCUGGCAAAAGUAGAAGAGCCGCUGCGUGCUCGUCUAAUUCAGCUCAUGCGUGAGCUACAGCAGAGGUUCAUUGGGAAAAUUGAGCGUUUUUGUUGUGUUCCGGUGUCCCUUCGAUAUAAGCCAUCUGUGACACGCCUUCUCCUCGAUCGAGCUGGUGCACGAGAGGCUGCCUCUAAGCUCACCUGGUCAGGCUUAAUCUCAUGGCAGUCUUCGCCGGAUUCCAUAGCAGGCGACGUCUUGCUGCCCGUCGAGGUGAAAUUGAGACACGCAUUAGCGACAGUACUACAGCUGAAGGCUAGCGAGAUUCCUAUCGAAGAUGAUUUGGUUUCCCUUGGUUGUGAUUCCCUUGUCGCCAUGCAAUUCGCUGCCCAGUGCAACUUAGAUGGCAUCCAGGUGGCGGUUGCGGAUAUCUUUCAGGCCCCGACGCUCAGAUCCCUAGCUUCGAUGGUCAAGGGCCGCCCAGUGCAGGGUUUUCCAUUGACGGCACUGGCAAAAUUUUCUUUAUUGGAGUCGAUAUAUGAAAGCCAAACGUCCUUUGAGCAAGACAUAUCUACGACCAUCAUUAGUGGAGCGCUUGGAAAGGCAAUCGAAGAUGCAUUUCCGUGCACCUCAUCACAUCUGGGACUUCUUUCUCAACUGGGCAGUUGCCAAUCACAUACGAUCUGGGAGGUAGAGGAUUGUGAUGAGCGGAUCAACCCCACGCAUCUAGCCGAAUCUUGGUUGAAGCUUGUUGAGCACCAUGCAGCACUGCGGACCCUCUUGCUUCCAAGCCGGUCGAAACCAGCACAGAUGUUCCAUGUCGUGCUUAAGGAGUCCUUCGAUGCUGUCGAGGUUUUGACCAAAAUAGACAAUGCCAGUAUGUUGGAGAUAGCAGGGCGGCCUCGUCUAUCGAGCUGCAGCCAAGAAGGAAUUCCGUACAAGUUCACAGUCUUUCAGAGCACAAGUGGGAGGGUUCUCUGCAAGCUCGAGGGAAGGUAUGCCUUUCUCGAUGCGACCUCAGUCAUUAUGCUCUUGACAGAUCUUCGAAGGUCUCUACAAGGUGUUCCGCUCGCGGAUGUAACGGCAUGUCCCUACUCUUCAUGGGUAUCGUAUCAGCAAAUUUGGGCCAAGGACCCCUCACAUCUGCAUUUCUGGGACCAGUAUCUGGCCAAUCUUCAGCCAUGUAUGCUGGCCGGUAUGCUUGCGCAUGACAGCAACGGGCCGCUUUCACAAAGCCAGAAUCACGAGAGGAAGGUUGCUGGAAGGGGAUGUCGUCGACAGAUGCGAUCCCACCACCAAACGCUUUUUCAGGACACCCGCACCCUGCGCGAAUGGUCUGACCAAAGGGGAAUAACAAUCACCAACGUGAUACAAGUUGCUUGGGCGCUUGUGCUCAGCGAACAAACGGGCCGAAACGACGUCUGCUUUGGGGCUCUAGUCUCCGGUCGGGAUGCACCCGUACCUCAGAUUGGCCACAUGGUGGGCUCGUUCUUCAACGUCCUCGCCUGUCGCAUUACAUUGCAAUCAGGCCCCGAUCAUCAUGUUCUCAACCAUGUCCUGCAGGCUAAUCACCGAUCACUGGGGGAGCGCGCGUCCCACCAAUUCUGUUCAUUGAGCGAAGUCACACGCCGGGUUCUUGGUGGAAAGGAGUCCGGAGCGCCCUCGUCCCUGUUCAACACCUGCCUGUCGGUUGAGCAGCCGCUUACCGAUCUGUCCGGGUCGAUAGAUAGCUUUUUCAGGGUGCUGGAAACAGUUGAAGAGACUGAGUAUGACAUCGUUAUCGCUGCCACGGUGCUCUCUGACCGAAUCGAAGCUCAUUUGAUGUUCUGGGAUAGCUUCUGCGAUGCCGCGCUUGCUGCAGACCUUGGAGAGGCUUUAGCUCGGGUAGUUGAGCGGAUUAUGGUUUGUGAUGGGAUGGAGGUUGGUGCUUAGCAUUUGAGUGAAUGACAAUGAAUCAAGGGGUGCUGUCGAGGUCGCUUCACAGGUCGAG